AUGUUCCACUUCACAAACAAAAACACUGCUGGAAGUGCUGCAGCCGCUGCAUCUACCGUUCAGGCCGCGGCGACAUCCAGUGCUAUUGCAGCUGCCACAUCCACAGCCACGUCCACAUCAGCUACUGCAGCUGCCACCAACUCUUCUUCCGCUGGCCAAGCUGUUUCCGGUUGCCAGGCUUUAAUCCAAGCUUUAUCCUUCCCUGACCAACAGGUAUAUGUUGUUGAUUGCGAAGACAUCACUGCCGGAACCGCUCUCACUCUUCCCAAUGGACCUUCCAACUGCAAUGGCGGUUCAGUACAGAUCGAUCUCCGCAGAGUCACCCUAGAUGUGGUCACCUCUUACGCUUCUUCCAACUAUGUCGAGGUCUGGCUCCCUACUGGUCAAGAUGCCUGGAAUGGCAGGUUCAUGGCUACCGACAACAAGGGUCUCUCGGGUUGCCCUUCUUACGACGACAUGAUUUAUACCUCAAGCCUUGGAUUCAGUGUUGUAGGUGAUAACGGCGGCCACAACAACACUGAAUACCUCGGCAUGGAUGCUCAACAGUUCUUGAACAAUAACGAAUUGGUCAUCGAUUGGUCUUACAGAGCUCGUCACGCUGCUGUCGUGGCUGGAAAGCAGGUCAUCAAGACGAACUAUGGCAGAGCCGCGGACUACAACUACAUGAUCGGUUGCUCCAAUGGUGGUCGCCAAGCUCUUCAGUCUGCUCAAAUGUUCCCUGAAGACUUUGACGGUAUCAUCGCAGGAUCUGCUGCUAGUGAUUUCAACCACCACAUCGAUUGGUCUGGCAGAAUGUAUGUCCUCACUGGUGCAGACGCGAGCGACCCGAAGUAUCUCACCUAUGACGACUGGGUCAUUGUCCACAAUGAAGUUUUGAAGCAGUGCGACGAGCCUCUUGAUGGUGUCGCUGAUGGCAUAAUCGAGGACUCAACUAUUUGCGACUUCAAUGCCACCAAGUUGACCUGCGUUGGUAACCAGACCGACAACUGCCUCACCUUCCAACAAACAUCGACCGUUUGGAAUGUCUUUUCUCAGCUGUACGACCCAGAUGGUAACCUUUACUAUCCUCGCCUUUCUCCCGGAGCUGAAUUGUACUCAUCUACCAAUGGCGUCUUGCACGGCGUCCAAGGCCAUGUCAAGGACUGGUUCGGUGCAGGUGUUUGGAAUGAUUCCUCGUGGGAUCCUUUAACUCUUUCUCAAACGGACUAUACAAAGGCCGAUGAGACAAAUGUGCUUCAUGGUAAUGUUUCUUCUUUCAACAGCGAUCUCAGCGCUUUCCACGCUGCUGGAAAGAAGCUGAUCAUGUAUCAUGGCCUUAUGGAUCCUGCCAUCACUCCAGAGAACUCCCAACGUUAUUACUUAGAUGUCGCUCGCGACAUGGGUCUUGACCACACUGGUCUUGAUGAGUUUUUGCGCUUCUUCCGCAUCAGCGGCAUGUACCACUGCACCGGCGGGAUCGGUGCCUGGGCCUUUGGUCAAAAUGGCAACGCACAGAAUGGUACCUCAAAUGUGGUUUGGGAUAUCGUCAAUUGGGUUGAGAAGGGCGAGGCACCAGAUACCAUGACUGGUACCAAAUUUGUCAACGAUGAUCCCACUCAGGGUGUGCAGAUGGAGAGACAUCAUUGCAGAUUCCCUUACCGCACUACUUACAAAGGAUCUGGAGACAGCAACGAUGCGGACAACUGGAGCUGUGAGAUGAUCGACGACUGGCAAAAAUGUGGCGUAUACAAUGUGCCCAGACUGUGCUAG